AUGACAGCACACCAAAAUGGCACCAUCUCCUCUGAGGUUUCAGUCUUCCUCCUGAAUUGCUUUGUAAGGUCCCACACCUGGCAGCUCUGGUUGUCCCUGCCACUCAGCCUCCUCCUCUUCCUGGCUAUGGGGGCCAAUAGUGUUCUCCUGAUCACCAUCUGGCUGGAAGCCUCUCUACAUGAGCCCAUGUACUACCUACUCAGCAUUCUCUCUUUGCUGGAUGUUGUGCUCUGUCUCACUGUCAUUCCCAAGGUCCUGGCCAUCAUCUGGUUUGACCUCAAGGCCAUCAACUUCUAUGCCUGCUUCCUCCAGAUGUUCAUCAUGAAUGGUUUCUUUGCCAUGGAGUCCUGCACAUUCAUGAUCAUGGCCUAUGACCGCUAUGUAGCCAUCUGUCACCCACUGAGGUACCCAUCCAUCAUCACUGACCAAUUUGUAGCCAAGGCUGCCAUCUUUAUUUUGGCCAGGAGUAGUAUUGUUACAAUGCCUAUCCCCAUUCUGUCAUCUCGGCUCCAUUACUGUGGGAGAAAUGUCAUUGAGAACUGCAUCUGCACUAAUAUGGCUGUCUCCAGGCUCUCCUGUGAUGAUGUUACCAUCAAUCGCCUUUACCAGUUUGGUAUCGGAUGGACUGUGCUAGGAUCUGACCUCAUCCUCAUCUUUCUCUCCUACAUCUUCAUACUGCGAGCUGUGCUGAGAAUCAAGGCUGAGGGUGCUGUGGCCAAGGCCCUGAGCACAUGUGGUUCCCACUUCAUCCUUAUCCUCUUCUUUAGCACCAUCCUUGUGGUCUUUGUGCUCACUCUUAUGGUGAAGAAGAAGGUUCCCUCUGAUGUGCCAGUCUUGCUCAAUAUCCUCCACCAUGUCAUCUUCUCAGCUGUCAACCCUAUUGUGUAUGGAGUGAGAACUCAGGAGAUCAAGCAAGGAAUCCAGAGAUUACUAAAGAAAGGGUGGUAA